GAUUACCAUUUCUGUUUUCCUGAACCCAUUUUCAGCUUUGUUCAGUUGAUUCAUCCCCCUUUCGACAGAGGCCUUUUGGGGUGCCCAAAUCUUUCAAAUUUACACAAUGUCAAGCCAGGGUCCCUUAAUAAACUUUGCUUAUGGAUACAAUCUCUCCAACUUUGCUUAAGACAUUCUAGCACAAAGCUACACAGAACAGCCCUUACAAGCCCUCAAAGUGGAGCAGACAGACAGGAGGUACAACUUGAUGGCAAUGUAGUCACAGAUUUGCCAAGUGAUCCUAUAUUGGACAACAUGAGAACUCGAAGGGUUCAAGCUGCCAGCAUGGGCAUAUCAGAAUCAAGACAAAAGCAAGUCUACCUUAUUUCACUGGUAAACAAAGGCAGAGUUGUGGCCAAAGGGAAGUUAGUGACUACAAAUAGCCAAAGAGAAAUAUUAGGAGCAAAGCUUGGACCAGAAUAUUGUGGGGUUCUUGUUGAAGGCCUUGAAAAUAUUGAACUUGGCAAUAUUAUAGAUGAGGAGGUACCUAGACCAUCUAAUCAGAUUCGUACACUAAUUGAUGCUAUUGGCUAUGUUAUUCCUUGGCCAAUUACACAUGUGAAGCAAGCUAGAAGCUCUGCUUGA